AUGUUUGACGAAAGUCAACCACCCUCUCCAAACCAGCCCUUUGUGGCGUUGGCGCCUCUGGAACCCGAAUGGCAGCCGAUAUUUCAGGCUUCGAAUCAGAUCGUUUUGUAUAAUCCAACAUCGCACGCUUUAUCUAUAACCAAGUCCUCUGGCCCACCGGAUUUUGCAGGCUCCUCGCCGUGUCCCUACUGUCAUCGUCUCCUUCCGAGUGGAUUCGACAGAGAUGGCCUUCCCGAAAAUAUUCGGUCCGACUCCGGAUCCCAUUCCCGAGCGUCAAACUACUUUCAGCUCCUCGCUGCAGCAAAUCAGACGUCCUCAAGACCGUCCAGUCCCCCCCCUCUUACAAGUGGCGGUGGGAGCCGACAUGGGGCAUUCCCUCCAGAAUCCAUGGCAGAAGGCUACUUCAAGACUUUUUUUCAAGAAGAGUAUCGAUUAGGAAUGGGGGCAAAUGGAAGUGUAUAUCUCUGCCAGCAUGUUCUGGAUGGGCAACCGCUUGGUCAUUUUGCUGUCAAGAAAAUUGCAGUAGGAGAGUCCCACUCUUACCUGCUCAACAUACUGCGCGAGAUUCGCCUUCUCGAGUCUCUCCACCAUCGCAAUAUAGUCACGUAUCAUCAUGCAUGGCUAGAAUCUUAUCAGUUCUCUGCUUUUGGGCCCAAAGUGCCUACGCUACACGUUCUCAUGCAAUGGGCCGAGGGCGGAAGUUUAGAUGAUUUUAUUGCCCUUCGCCUGGGACGUUCAAUCGGACUUCCGCAUAUGCAAUCCUCUCCUUCCUCACCUGCUCCUGAUGACCCGACCCCAUCUGCACGCAUCCGUGCAUUUCGUGCCAUGAAGCGCGCCCCACCAGAGGAACGCGAGCGGUUACGCCGAGAGAUGGAGGAAAGAACCAACAGCCGCGGUAACCGUCCCUCAUGGAAAGCAGUUCAUCUUCUCAGUGCAGAAGAGACGCGAAGUUUGUUCGCGGAUGUAUCGCAUGGAUUGGCCUUCUUGCAUGAUAAAUCCAUUCUUCAUUUGGACCUCAAACCUGGCAACGUGCUACUGACUUGGGACGAAGGACGACUCAUCCCCCGAGCGAUGUUAUCGGAUUUUGGGACCUCCCGAGAUAUGGUACAAUCGAGCAGUGCUCGGUCAGGUAAUACAGGAACUCUUGAAUACGCAUCGCCGGAGUCGCUUCCAGCCCCUCUUACUGGGGUUCUCCGACAGAUCGACUCCAAGGCUGACAUGUGGUCUCUUGGUAUGAUCCUGCACAAGAUGCUUUUCUUCAAGUUACCCUAUCGCUACGCAACGGAAGGGGAAGCCAGUGCAUACGACGAUGCCGACAAGAUGGACAAGCUAGAGCAGGAAAUUUUGGGCUACUCUGGAUUCCGAUCAACAUCUGCGCUUGCGACAACUUUCGAGUCCCGCCGUCUUCCGCGUUCGUUCCUGAUAUUGCUCGAAGGUCUCUUGAGCAUUAAUCCGUCUGUGAGACCCUCGUCCGAGCGCAUCGUGAGCGCCAUGCGAGAAGGACGAGUAAGUCACAAUAUUAUA